UUAAAAACUUCGACUCCUUUGCGCGCUCCUCUCUCUCUCUCUCUCUCUUUCUCAUCUUCUUCAUUGUUUGGCUACCGGUGGUGAGGUGCGGAAUCUUCAUGUAGAUGAGCCAGCAGUUCUUCUGAAAACCAAGGUAGACUGUUCAUAAUCCAAGGGAGCGUGAGGGUGGGCAGAGACUCCUUAAUCCCACCUUCACGGCUUGGCUAUGACUAUUUCAAGGCAAUAAUGGAAGGGCAUGGUGUUACAUUUGAUUAAUAUAUGACUUGGACAUAGUGGCUUGUGCUUGAUUACGAUGCACUGACUCAUCCCCCAACAAAGAAGUGCCUCCAAACUAGUAGAAUCGUUUCUCACUUGCCCCACUCCUGCUUUGUUGCUCUCCUUCUCAGCGGAAGAAGAUGGCUUAUCGUCUACUUCGAUCUAAGGCUGGCUUGUUCUCAAGGCAUGCAACUGCUUCUGGGAAUUGUCAGGUUUGUUCUCCUUGGUGUUACACUUCAUUUUACCAGUUGAGCAGUUCAGUGUCAUCCUUGCAAAACGAAUCAAGAGAAGAGAAAGGGUACAAGGGCCAUGGCAUGUUGGCACCAUUCACAGCUGGAUGGCAGAGCACUGAAUCCCAUCCUCUUGUCAUUGAGAGAUCAGAGGGCUCAUAUGUUUAUGACGUCAAUGGGAAGAAAUAUCUUGAUGCUCUUGCUGGUUUAUGGUGCACAGCUUUAGGUGGAAAUGAACCUCGACUUGUGGAAGCUGCAACCAAGCAAUUGAAUAAGUUGCCAUUUUACCACUCCUUUUGGAAUCGUACCACUAAGCCCUCCUUGGACCUUGCGAAGGAAAUUCUUAGCAUGUUCACUGCAAGAAAGAUGGGAAAGGUCUUUUUUACCAAUGGUGGUUCUGAUGCUAAUGAUUCCCAGGUGAAAUUGGUAUGGUAUUAUAACAAUGCUUUGGGCAGGCCAAAUAAGAAGAAGAUCAUAGCGCGAACAAAAUCGUAUCAUGGAUCAACUCUUAUAGCAGCUAGUCUUUCUGGUCUUCCAGCUCUGCACCAGAAGUUUGAUCUACCAGCACCAUUUGUAUUGCACACUGAUUGCCCUCACUACUGGCGUUUUCAAUUGCCCGGUGAGACGGAAGAGGAGUUCUCAACCAGGUUAGCUAAUAACUUGGAGAACCUUAUUCUCAGGGAAGGCCCUGACACGAUUGCAGCUUUCAUCGCUGAACCUGUCAUUGGUGCUGGAGGUGUUAUCCUUCCCCCAAAGACCUACUUUGAGAAGAUUCAAGCUGUUCUUAGGAAGUAUGAUAUUCUAUUCAUUGCUGAUGAGGUGAUUACUGCCUUUGGGAGGUUAGGGACGAUGUUUGGAUGCGACAAAUACGAUAUCCAGCCUGACCUUGUGACGAUAGCAAAGGCUCUUUCAUCGGGAUACAUGCCAAUUGGUGCAAUUAUGGUCAGCCCUGAGAUUUCAGAAGUAAUACAUUCUCAAAGUAACAAACUGGGGUCAUUCUCUCAUGGAUUCACAUAUUCUGGGCAUCCAGUGCCUUGCGCUGUUGCUUUGGAAACGCUUAAAAUUUAUAAGGAAAGAAAUAUUGUUGAGAUGAUUCAAGCAAUAUCUCCAAGGUUUCAGCAAGGCAUCAAAAGCUUCUCCCAAAGUCCCAUUAUUGGCGAGAUACGCGGCACUGGGUUGAUACUUGGUACUGAAUUUACUGAUAACAAGUCACCAAAUCAACCAUUCCCUUCUGAGUGGGGCGUUGGUUCGAUAUUUGGAGCAGAGUGUGAGAAGCGGGGAAUGCUGGUCCGAGUUGCAGGUGACAACAUUAUGAUGUCGCCUCCGUACAUAAUGUCUCCAAAAGAAAUUGAUGAACUGAUAAGCAUCUAUGGUGAAGCCCUAAAGAGCACGGAAAGGAUAGUAGAGGAACUCAAAUCCCAGAAUAAGUAGUCAGCUAUUCUGUGAGCAUUCCCAAUUAAGAAGGGCAAAGAAUUGUCCUGCCAUGAACUUGAAUUUCAGAUUCUUGUUUCUCAAGAAAAUGUUAAUGCUGUGACAAUCUCUGUGUAUGUCUACAACAAUGUUAAUAUUUAUUGAGAGUUGUUCUAUACAACAAAGCAAAAAAAAAAAAACUUUUCAUUGA